AUUUUCAAAAAAAUUCUAGAGUAAAUAUUAUGAUAAUAUGAAUUCGGUAGUUUAAUUGUUAAUUGUUAAUUCAUUUUCUUGGCUAAAUCCUCGAAGGGCCUGCGUUGGUUACUUUAGUAACCAGUUUUUGCCACUAGAGAAACUGUUUACCUAGUAACCAAUAGCUGAGCGAAAGCAUUCUGUCCAGACUUUAACAGAAUGAUUUUUGUUGCCAUUCAAUCGUUGAAUUCAAUGCCUGAAUGAGCUUCUCGGGAUAUCACUUCAUUCUUCCAGCUCUUUUUUAGUUUUUUUUACUUUUUGUGUACAAAUUGGUGUUUUUUUAUUCUAUUAUUUAUGUCUUCUGCUACGCCAAAGAAAUCCCCUCUGUUUACUCGUUUAAAGUCAUCUGGUAGUGAAUCCGCUGAUCCUGAUGGCGGUGAAGAUGCUGCAGAUUCAAGGGACAACCUUUUUUACUCGAUUAACGAGCGUCCAGUUGAAAACAUUCAACUUCCAUUUUUCUACAAAUCGCAUACCAUUACUUUGUUAACAUCUACAUUCAUCCCGAUAAUUUAUUUUGCUUUCACUCGUAAUACUGAAGAGAGUUUGAGUGACAAUAUUUGGGCUGGAGUCAAGUUCAUCAUUUUUUUAUCCUUAGUAAUAAGUACUCUUGCCUUUCCAAAUGGACCAUUCACUCGACCUCAUCCUGUCAUGUGGCGGAUGGUUUUUGGCAUCAGUGUUCUCUAUCUUAUGGCUUUAACUUUCAUCCUUUUUCAAAAUUAUGAUACUGUCAAAUCUAUGCUGAACUGGGUUUUCCCUGAUCUCGAAGACUUUACAAUUGAUGGAGAAAAGGAAUAUGGUAUCAAUUGUUCCGAUGUCUCUAUUGAAAGAGUUUGGAGUCAUGUGGAUGUUUUUGCUUUAGGGCACUUUUUUGGUUGGACUUUGAAAGCCAUGUUGAUUCGCCAUUAUGGAAUUGCUUGGUUAAUCAGUGUUACUUGGGAAAUUACUGAGAUGACUUUUUCUCAUCUAUUACCAAAUUUCAUUGAAUGUUGGUGGGAUGCUUUAAUUCUAGAUGUUCUUAUCUGCAAUGGAGCUGGUAUUUGGCUUGGAAUGUAUAUUUGCAGGAAAUUAGAAAUGAGAAAAUAUCAAUGGGAAAGUAUAAAGAAUAUAAGUUCAACUAAGGGUAAAAUCAAACGAGCUGUUCUUCAGUUUACCCCAGAAAGCUGGACCAGCAUGAAAUGGCUUGAUCCUUCUUGUACAUACAUCAGAUACUUAGCAGUCACUCAACUAGUCAUUUACUGGCAAAUCACCGAACUGAAUACUUUUUUUCUCAAACACAUAUUCGAAAUACCUCCUGGUCAUCCUUUAAGCAUAGGUCGUCUUGCUAUUAUUGCAUUGAUUGUUGCACCUAGUCUUCGACAAUAUUAUGUUUACGUUGUCGAUGCGCGGUGCAAGCGUGUUGGUAGCCAAUGUUGGGUAUUUGGGGCCAUCAUGUUUAUUGAAUCAAUAAUCUGUAUAAGAUUUGGACUUGAUUUAUUCGCUCAAACUCAGAUAAAGAACAUAGCUAUUUGGAUAAUUAUACAGUUUAUCCUCAGCAUAGUUUUUGUUUCGCUAGGAGUUUGGUGGACCAAGCUAAACAGUCGUAGCCAAGACCAUUCAUCUAGAAAAGAUAGAUGAUAAAUAAAUGUCUUGAAGAACAAGUUCAAAAUCGUAAUCUAAUUCUUAAUUUUCUGAAGUGUAUCUCUUGAUGUGUGUUGGUGGACGUAUCAUCAAAAAUUCUCACAACUAUUCUAGGAACUCCGAACCAGCCUUUCGCUAUCAAAAUGCCAAAAAAAAAUUAGGCUCAACUAGUUCAUAAAAGGUGUAAAAAGUUUUUAUCUACAUGUAGAUAGAUGUGCAAUCUAUUUUUUUGAUGAUCGUAAUAAUUGAUUGAAUAAUAACUGUAAUAAUGCUACAAUCAAUACAAUCAAUAUUUGACUUAA